AAUUAGGUUGGAAAAUGCAAUUUAAGGCUACAGGGUUGUGUUUUUGUUAUCUUUCUUUGUCAAAGUAUAAGGGUGUAUUAUCUAUAAUCAGUUAACUGGCAUCUUUGGGCAUCAGUUUCUUUAUUCGAUUAACAUCCAAACUAAGUUCCUGAUUCACUUAAAUCGGAAAUUAAUGAUGAAUUUGGUCCAUCCAUGGAGUUGGCGCUUAGCUUGCGCCAAUCGUUGAUCCACGCAAAGCGUGUUACUAAAAGUGUACUUUUUUCAUUCCGUGAUGAAUAAUUACUAUAAGUGUUAAAAGCUAAAUACUUUUAAGUUGUUAGCCUAUUGAUAAUACGAUAGUUAUGAAAUUUAUGACAACAUGAGUUCGAAUUUUACCGUUGAUAAUCAUCUAAGCAAAAAUGAAAAAUGAAAAUGCUAAAUAGCUCAAGGGUUUUUAUUAUACGUUCGUGGUAUAAUGUAGGAGGAUAGGAAUCAUCACAAUUAGGGGUGGAAAUCGGUACGAUAUCGGUAUCCCAAUACCAAAUACCGAUAUCCCGAAUACCGAAUUACACACCAGAAUCAAUCCCAAUCUCAAUCCCUAAAUAUUUCGGUAUCCCAAUCCCUAAAUAUUUCGGUAUCCCAAUCGGUACUUCGGUAUCCCAAUCGGUAUUAUCGAAUACAAAAUUAAUUACAUUUAUAAUUAAUAAUUAAUAUAUAAAUUAGAUUUUAUUGUUUAAUAUAGGACAAAUAGACUAAACAAAGAGUUUUGAGUUUGCCUAGAGCUAAGAUAUAGAUAAUGAGAAUCGAUUAGAGGUAACAUCUCAAGUUUUUGUCAUUUGUAAUCUUUAAUUUGACGAAUUAGAGGCUGAGAGAAGACUAAUACUAGUGUUUGCUUUUUGGUGUUAUGAAAAUAACAAUAGAUUGGUGGUUGAGGGUAGUGUAGUAGUAGUGAAUGAGAGAGUCUAGUUGAGAGGAUAAACUACAAGUGUGUGAAAGCUAGUACACACUAACUUAUAUUUUGGUAUUUCGGUAUAUACCAAUCCCAAUCCCGUAAUCCCUAAUACCGAAUAACAAUUGAAAUUGAAUGCCAAUCCCAAUCCCAAAAAUAAUAUGUGUAUUUGGUAAUACUAAAUAUAGACAAACUCGGUACGGUAUUCGGCAUAUCCUAAAUACCGGUACCAAACUUCCAGCCCUAAUCACAAUACAAAACAAGUGUGUGGAAGCUAGUACAGACCAGAAAGUAUAGUAUAUUAUACAUUUCAUUUUUUGGUCGCAUUACCAGCCAGCUCCAAGAUAUGAUACAUACCAGAAAGUUAAAUGUAUAUGAUACCUUAAUUUGGCUCGAAUUAUACACAAACUUUCUACUUUGGCCUGUGGUUUCGAAAAUUGCUCUUCUGGUCUGAACUAUGUAUCAUACUUCCUUAUUUGGCCCGAAUGCAAGUUUGACCGUUAAAUUGGAUGGUCAACAGAGUUGACCGUUAGUCAAUGGCUAGCUCACUUGGACACUUCAGCGAGCAGAUAAUAUAUUUUUUUAAUUUUUGUAUUUUUUUCCUUUCCUAUAAAAAUAUAGAAAUUAAAAAAAUCAAUAUUUUAUUUUCUGCUCGCUGAUGUGGCCAAGUGAGCUGGCCAUUGACUAACGGUCAAACCCGCCUCCAGGCCAAAUAAGGAAGUAUGAUACAUAGUUCAGGCUAGAAGAGCAAUUUCUGAAACCACGGACCAACGUAGAAAAUUUGUGUAUAGUUCGGGCCAAACUAAGGUAUUAACCUUCAUUUUUUUUUAUGGGAGAAGAAGAGUGUUUUUGGGUUUCAUACUUAGAAUCACACGUCACAAAUCAAAAUGUUGAUGGUUAUACUUAUUUGAUUGUCAACAGUAAGUAUAGACAAAAAUUCAUUGUCACAUAUAUGAUUCAGCCUCUUUAUUAUGUUCACAACACAUCUAGGAGACCUAUCUCACAAAGUGAUCCAGAUUGUUGGAUCGCAUGUGCGGAGCUUCGAGAGUGGUUGAAUUGAUGUAAUUGUAAUUUUAUCAAUAAAUUGUCAUCGUGUCCAUCCAACUGCUGCAAAAUAUCCGCGAUUAAUCCAACCAACCCCAAACACACAUAUUGUUAUGGUACUCAGGAGAUAACCUUGUACCACUUAUUAUUUCAUAUUUAGUGAAGGCUAUUUAAUAUCGAGAAACAACAAAAACAAAAUGACCAAUUUAAUAAUAAUCAAAAGGUUCAUGUAGCUCCCCGUAGACGUAUAACCAAUCAACCUCGGUUUUGGAUACCUCGCUUUCACUUAUUUUUGUAAGAAAAUCUCAGGUCUACUCCUUGUAGCCAAGAUUCCCCAGGAAUCUCGUGCUUGGUUGAGACUUAAUGGACCCACUAAUUCUGUAGCCAUUAGCCAAUCCUAAACUACAACAAUCUAUUGGUCCAUUUUAUGCCUAACAGCACGAUUCAGAGAUUGCCAAGUAGCAAUUGGCAGCACACCUCCAGCCGAUAUUUUUGUCAAUCCAACGAUAUCAACAAAUACUAACGCGAACCUCAUCCGCGUUUUAGCAGAAUUCCUGUCCAGUGGACAGCCAACCUUCCUAAACCGUGCAGCACAGCAAAGGAAUGUCGACCACGUCACCUAACAAAACUUCAACCCAAACAGCAAACAAAAAUAAAUAACAAAACGAAAAAAAAAAAAACGAAAAAUUAGGUUUACAAAAGGGCCCCCACAAAACCCGCUCAAUCUUUUGAACGCGACCCAACCAGAGAGAGAGAGAGAGAGCACUCUUCUUUCUUCUUCUUCUCCCUGACCCCGUCUUCCCUCUUUCUAACAGCAGCACAGAAUUCAAGGCCACCCGCCAAUACUCCAUUACUCUCUCUCUUCAGUCUCGUUGUCCGGAGCCAAUUCCUCUGCGCUCCUUUUUUCGCGGUAUACAGAAAAUCUCGACCAAUAACAGCAAUAAGAGGAAAAAACAAAUUGCAAAAAAAAGGAAGGAAAAAAAAAAAUAGUGAGGAAAUUGAUAAGUCAAAGCGCCACCGUUGAUCCCCCUCCUUUCCAAUUCCGGCCACUUUCGCCGCCGUCACUUACCCUACACUCUUUUUUAACCUUUCCGCCGUUCUCACUGAUCGAUUCAACGCGUGGUACAGUCAGUCGAGUGCUUUUCCGCUAUCCUUUCCGAUUAGUUUACUAUUCUUAUAAUUAUUAUCCUAGUCUGCAGAAUCGCAUUGCGCACAGUAGGGUUGUUUGGUUGCUGAGAAAAUCACUAUUUGGUUGCUGAGAAAGAAAAAAAAGGAAAAGUCAUUCUGAUUCGGUGAUUCAGCGCUCUGUCGAAUAAUCUGACGUACGGAAGUCGGAGAUGGACAGUCUCAGGACUCCGUUCAGAGGGAUACUCGACGAUCUGCGAGGCAGAGCGGAGUGCUACAAGGAUGAUUGGACCAGUGCCAUCCGCGCCGGCGUCAGGAUUCUGGCUCCGACUUGUUACAUCUUCUUCGCCUCGGCUCUUCCCGUGAUUGCCUUCGGCGAGCAAUUGAAUCGAGAUACCGACGGCAGCCUGAGCACGGUGGAGACUCUGGCCUCGACUGCGCUCGCCGGGCUAAUCCACUCGAUUUUCGGAGGGCAGCCGCUUUUGAUAUUAGGUGUAGCUGAACCGACGGUCAUAAUGUACACUUACUUGUACAGCUUCAGCCAAGGCAGGCCAGAGAUCGGCCGCAAGUUAUAUUUAGCAUGGGCUGGAUGGGUUUGUGUUUGGACGGCAAUCAUGCUGUGUCUACUCGCGAUUUUCAAUGCGGGCAACAUCAUCAACAGAUUCACCAGGGUUGCAGGGGAGAUGUUUGGGAUGUUGAUUGCAGUUCUCUUCAUUCAAGAGGCCAUUAAGGGGUUGGUUACUGAAUUCAAUGUCCCGAAUAACGAAAACCCGAAAGCAGAAGAGUUCCAGUUCCAGUGGCUAUAUGCAAAUGGCUUGCUUGCUGUCAUUUUCGCCGCUGGCGUUCUCUGGACUUCCCUCAAGACAAGAAAAGCAAGAGCUUGGAGAUAUGGCUCAGGGGGGCUUCGAAGUUUUAUUGCAGACUAUGGCGUUCCUCUAAUGGUGGUGCUAUGGUCCGUAUUAUCUUAUGCUAUACCCAAAAAAGUUCCUCAUGGCGUUCCAAGGAGGCUGUUUAUUCCACUUCUCUGGGAGUCACAGUCGUUGCAACACUGGACAGUGAUCACGGAUAUGGGGAAGGUACCAGUCGGAUACAUCUUUGCUGCCAUAGUACCGGCCAUUAUGAUAGCUGGCUUGUACUUCUUCGAUCACAGCGUAGCUUCGCAGCUGGCACAGCAGCCAGAAUUCAAUCUCAAGAAACCAUCUGCUUACCAUUACGACAUCUUGUUGUUGGGAAUCGUGACUUUGAUUAGUGGAUUGCUGGGGCUUCCUCCUUCGAACGGUGUCCUUCCUCAAUCUCCUAUGCACACCAAAAGCCUUGCAGUUCUAAAGAAGCAGUUGAUCCGAAAGAAGAUGGUGAAAGGAGCCAAGGAAGUCAUGGAUCGCAAGGGAAGCACUUCUGAAAUUUACGGGAAAAUGCAGGAUGUUUUCAUACAAAUGGAUAGAUCUCCAGCACAUACCGCAUCAGUAAGUAGAGAGCUGGAGGACUUGAAAGAAGCUGUGAUGAGAAGUGACGAUGAAGGAGGCGAUACGAAGGGAAAGUUCGAUCCAGAGAAGUGCAUCGACGCACACUUGCCCGUCAGAGUCAACGAGCAAAGGCUCAGCAACUUGCUACAAUCAAUCCUGGUGGGAAUCUCAAUGUGUGCUAUACCACUAAUCAAGAUGAUGCCCACUUCAGUCCUGUGGGGAUAUUUCGCCUACAUGGCCAUCGACAGUCUUCCAGGAAAUCAGUUCUGGGAAAGGAUGUUGAUGCUCUUUGUCGCCCCUAGCCGUCGCCACAAGAUCUUGGAAGGUUUCCAUGCAUCGUUUGUGGAGUCAGUGCCGUUUAAGGCCAUUGCUAAGUUCACUUUGCUGCAAUUCGUUUACUUUCUCAUGUGCUUUGGGAUCACUUGGAUUCCCAUUGCUGGGAUUCUCUUCCCUCUGCCUUUCUUCAUCCUAAUCCUCAUCAGGCAACACAUGCUCCCCAAGAUAUUCCAGCAAGACCAUCUCCAAGAACUCGAUGCCGCGGAGUACGAAGAGAUCUCCGGCGCCCCCAAGAGAAACCUCAUGGAAAUGGAUUCAGGGGAGAUCAGGCGGAACGAGCACGACGAGGACUUCUUCGACGCAGAGAUACUUGACGAGAUGACUACGCAUAGGGGAGAGUUGAAGCAUCGAUCUCGUAGCGUGAGGGAAGAGAGGGUAUUCCAGGUCCAUCCAGCAGCAGGAACAGGGGAAGGGAGCGGCGGGCCAAGACAGGUGUGAAGCAGAGUAUAACAUGGUGUCGAGACCUGAUAUAUAGAAAGCAUAUAUAGCUUAAAUAAAGGGAGCUCUGUUCAUUCUAUCAUAUGAUGACGACGAUGAUGAUGGCAACCAUUAUUACUCAGUAGAUGCAAAACAACAAAGCUCGGAGAAGCAGAGAGUUAAGUUUCUUUCUGCCUUGGAUUUCAAGUGUUGCAUAGAGAAUUGAGAUUACCACAAGCUAGCUGUUGGUAUAUGUUCUGAACGUUGAGGGAAGAGAGGGAGUUUCACUUUCAGAUGGUUUGGUAUUAAUAUCUUCGAAGAAGAGCAGUUGGUGAAGAAGAAAUAGAGAAUUCUAGUUAGUAGAACUGAUUAGAAGUUUGAAGUUAUAUAUGCUGUUGUUUUGAUGGAUGCCAAAAGUGUCAAAAGCAUUACAUAUACCAUUUUCAGGUAUUUUCCCCUUCUAUCAGUACUCAGUACCGUACAGACUGCUUCCUCCCGUCACUAAUAAUAGGUCUCUGGAGAAAUAAACAUUGGUGACGGAAACAGAACAUUUGCAUUCCGUUCCCCGAGUCGAAUAACUAGAAUUAGGAGCAGUUUUCUGAGGAGCAGGUGUCGCUAGGAAAACAGGACGACUCUCAUUCAUCAGGACUUAUAAUCGAAUCUCGUAGAAUAAUUCGACUUAUUAAAACCAACUAUUUAGAGAUAUCCUCUCCAUCUCACCUGUUAGUAUCACUCUUAACUCGUUAACUCAACCCCACAAAUCACCCCGAGUAUCAUCUCUUUUUCAUCACUCUCCAAUUCUCUAAUCGUUUUCAACAAAUUCUGAAAUUGAGGAGUCAAGUUCAGGGAAGCCUAGUCAAAACAAGAGUUGGGGUGUGCUGGGAAGGGAAACUGAUGGUAAAAUACAGUAUUAAGCUUGUAUGGGAGCAGUUCAGGCCUAAACAAGAAGAGAAGGCAUGGUCUAAGCUGGUUUGGAAGUCAAUCCUAAUCCCUAAGAAUUCCCUGAUCAUCUGGCUUGUCACUCUUAACAGAAUUUCUACCUUUGACGAAAUAAAGAAAUGACAGCCAGAGGUAGUCAACCAAUAUCCUUUAUGUUUGGGGCAUGAAGAGUCUAGGGAUCACAUCUAUUUUGAGUUUCCAUAUGUACAGGAGGUGGUUAGUGUCGUCUUUCCAAUGAACUGGGGUUAUCACUCUCGAGCAGGAUGGGAUGAUGGAUUGCAUGUAGCUGUAGGAACUUUGUAGGGAUGUGUGGGUAGAUUGCUUUGGAAUUUGAUGGUAAGUGAGAUUUGUAGGGAGAGGUGUUGCAGCGUAUAUGGGAAGAAGUCUCUAAAUGCAACAGACUUAAUAACCAAAAUGAGGAAUGCAAUGGAGGACCUGAUGGUGUGCAAUCUGCAGCUAAGUUUAGAAGUGGAGCGGAAGAAGCUUUGGUUCAUGUAACUAAGUCCAGUAGUGUUUUUUUGUAUUCAUUGCGUGUAAAUUGUAGGCUGAAGUAGAGGCAGAUAGUGAUGCUUAUAGGUGUAUAUUGCAUGCUGGAUUAUUGUAACGACCAUACUUUGAUGGAAUAAAAUUUGCUUAUUCAUCAAAUAAAAAAAUCCCUUAUGUCCCAGCCCAUAGCCACGAAUUGGAAUACUCUCGAUUUGAAGGUGAUAGAUUCAUUAGCAUACACGAUCUUUCUGGAAUAUGCUAUUUUGAAAAUGUAUAAGAUAGAUUUUUUGGGAGAUAAAAUUACACCAAAAGA